AUGGAGUUCCCCUUUGGGUCCGUGGGAACUAACAACUUCAGACGGUUCACUCCAGAGUCACUGGCAGAGAUCGAGAAGCAGAUCGCUGCCCACCGCGCAGCCAAGAAGACCAGAGCUAAGCACAAAGGACAGAAGGACAAGGGUGAGAAGCCCAGGCCUCAGCUGGACUUGAAAGCCUGUAACCAGCUGCCCAGGUUCUAUGGUGAGCUCCCAGCAGAACUGGUCGGGGAGCCUCUGGAGGACCUGGAUCCUUUCUACAGCACACACAGGACGUUCAUGGUGUUGGAUAAAAGCAGGACCAUUUCCAGAUUCAGUGCCACUUGGGCCCUGUGGCUCUUCAGUCCCUUCAACCUGAUCAGGAGGACAGCCAUCAAAGUGUCUGUCCACUCCUGGUUCUCCAUAUUUAUCACUGUCACUAUUUUGGUCAACUGUGUGUGCAUGACCCGAACUGAUCUUCCAGAGAAAGUCGAGUAUGCCUUCACUGUCAUUUACACCUUCGAGGCUCUGAUAAAGAUACUGGCAAGAGGGUUUUGUCUAAAUGAGUUCACUUAUCUUCGAGAUCCCUGGAACUGGCUGGACUUCAGUGUCAUUACCCUGGCGUACGUGGGUGCAGCGAUAGACCUCCGAGGAAUCUCAGGCCUGCGGACCUUCCGAGUUCUCAGAGCCCUGAAAACUGUUUCUGUGAUCCCAGGACUUAAGGUCAUCGUGGGAGCCCUGAUCCACUCAGUGAGGAAGCUGGCCGACGUGACCAUCCUCACAGUCUUCUGCCUGAGUGUCUUUGCCUUGGUGGGCCUCCAGCUCUUCAAGGGGAACCUUAAGAAUAAAUGCAUCAAGAAUGGCACAGAUCUCCACAAAGCUGAGAAUCUCUCAUCCUCUCAUCCUGAAGUGGCAGGAAACAUCUUCAACAAGCCUGGUACUUCGGAUCCCUUGUUAUGUGGCAACGGGUCUGAUGCUGGUCAGUGCCCUAGUGGUUAUGUCUGCCGGAAAGCUUUUGGCAACCCGGAUUUUAACUACACCAGCUUUGAUUCCUUCGCAUGGGCCUUCCUCUCACUGUUCCGUCUCAUGACGCAGGACUCCUGGGAACGCCUGUACCAGCAGACACUCCGGGCUUCAGGGAAAAUGUACAUGGUUUUUUUUGUGCUGGUCAUCUUCCUUGGAUCAUUCUACCUGGUCAAUUUGAUCUUGGCUGUGGUCACCAUGGCGUAUGAGGAGCAGAACCAGGCAACAAUUGCAGAAAUCAAAGCCAAGGAAAAACAGUUCCAGGAAGCCCUCGAGGUGCUGCAGAAGGAACAGGAGGUGCUGGCAUCCCUGGGGAUUGAUACAACCUCGCUGCAUUCCCACAGUGGAUCACCCUUAGCUCCCAAAAAUGCCAACGAGAGAAGGCCCAGGGUGAAAUCAAGGAUGUCGGAGGGCUCAACAGAUGACAACAGAUCACCCCAGUCCGACCCUUACAACCAGCGCAGGAUGUCUUUCCUAGGCCUUUCUUCCGGAAGACGCAGGGCUAGCCAUGGCAGUGUGUUCCACUUCCGAGCACCCAGUCAAGACGUCUCAUUUCCUGAUGGCAUUACGGAUGAUGGGGUCUUUCCUGGAGACCAAGAAAGCCGUCGAGGUUCCAUAUUGCUGGGCAGGACUACUGGACAGGCAGGUCCUCUCCCCAGGAGCCCACUGCCUCAGUCCCCCAACCCUGGCCCUAGACAUGGAGAGGAGGGACAGCUCGGAGUGCCCACUGGUGAGCUUACCUCUGGAGCUCUGGACGGCCCGGCACUCGAUACUACAGGGCAGAAGAACUUCCUGUCUGCAGACUACCUGAAUGAACCUUUCCGAGCACAGAGGGCAAUGAGCGUUGUCAGUAUUAUGACUUCUGUCAUUGAAGAAUUUCUGGGCAAGGGUUGUCAGAGGCUCAAGGAUGGCUUCAGUAAGUUUGGCUCAGCCAGAGCUGGCCUUGCAAAUGUGGGGGGCCUGAGUUAGAUCCUCAGAUACCACAUACUUCGGGUCUUCAAGCUAGCCAAGUCCUGGCCCACCCUGAACAUACUCAUCAAGAUCAUUGGCAAUUCCGUGGGGGCCCUGGGCAACCUGACCUUCAUCCUGGCCAUCAUCGUCUUUAUCUUCGCCCUUGUUGGAAAGCAGCUUCUCUCGGAGAGCUAUGGGUGCCAAAAGGAUGGCACCUCCGUGUGGAAUGGUGAGAGGCUCCGCUGGCACAUGUGUGACUUCUUCCAUUCCUUCCUCAUCGUCUUCCGGAUCCUCUGUGGGGAGUGGAUCGAGAACAUGUGGGUCUGCAUGGAGGUCGGCCAGAAGUACAUCUGCCUCAUCCUCUUCUUGACUGUGAUGGUGCUGGGUAACCUGGUGGUGCUCAACCUUUUCAUCGCUUUACUGCUGAACUCCUUCAGUGCGGACAAUCUCACGGCCCCAGAGGAUGACGGGGAGGUGAACAACUUGCAGUUAGCACUGGCCAGGAUUCAGGCGUUUGGCCAUCGGGCCAGUCUGGCCAUUGCCAGUUACAUCAGCAGCCACUGCCGGUUCCGUUGGCCCAAGAUGGAGCCCCAGCUAGGGGUGAAACCCCCACUCACCAGCUCCAAAGCUGAGAACCACAUUGCUACUGAUGCUGUCAGUGCUGCAGUGGGGAACCUGGCAAAGCCAGCUCUCAGUGACCCCAAGGAAAACCACGGGGACUUCAUCACUGAUCCUAAUGUGUGGGUCUCUGUGCCCAUUGCUGAAGGGGAAUCUGACCUUGAUGAGCUCGAAGAAGAUAUGGAGCAGGCUUCUCAGAGCUCCUGGCAGGAAGAGAGCCCCAAAGAACAGCAGGAGCAGCUGCCGCAAGUCCAAAAGUGUGAAGAUCACCAGGCAGCCCAAAGCCCAGCCUCCCGGAUGUCCUCUGAGGAUCUGGCUCCAUACCUGGGGGAGAGAUGGAAGCCAGAGGAUAGCCCUCAGGUCCCUGCCGAGGGAGUGGAUGACACAAGCUCCUCCGAGGGCAGCACGGUGGACUGCCCGGACCCAGAGGAGAUCCUCAGGAAGAUCCCUGAGCUGGCAGAUGAGCUGGACGAGCCAGACGACUGUUUCACAGAAGGCUGCAUUCGCUGGUGUCCCUGCUGCAAAGUGAAUACCAGUAAGUCUCCUUGGACCACGGGCUGGCAGGUGCGCAAGACCUGCUACCGCAUUGUGGAGCACAGCUGGUUCGAGAGUUUCAUCAUCUUCAUGAUUCUGCUCAGUAGUGGGGCGCUGGCCUUUGAGGAUAACUACCUGGAAGAAAAACCCCGAGUGAAGUCCGUGCUGGAGUACACUGACAGAGUGUUCACCUUCAUCUUUGUGUUCGAGAUGUUGCUCAAGUGGGUAGCUUAUGGCUUCAAAAAAUAUUUCACCAACGCCUGGUGCUGGCUGGACUUCCUCAUCGUGAACAUCUCUCUGACAAGCCUCAUAGCUAAGAUCCUUCAGUAUUCAGACGUGGCAUCCAUCAAAGCCCUUCGGACUCUCCGCGCCCUCCGACCGCUGCGGGCUCUGUCUCGAUUUGAAGGCAUGAGGGUAGUGGUGGACGCCCUGGUGGGCGCCAUCCCCUCCAUCAUGAACGUCCUCCUCGUCUGCCUCAUCUUCUGGCUCAUCUUCAGCAUCAUGGGCGUGAACCUCUUCGCCGGGAAGUUUUCGAGAUGCGUCGACACCAACAGCAACCCAUUUUCCCUUGUGAAUUUGACAGUUGUGGAUAACAAGUCUGCGUGUCACAAUCAAAACAACACUGGCCACUUAUUCUGGGUUAACGUCAAAGUCAACUUUGACAACGUCGCUAUGGGCUACCUCGCGCUUCUCCAGGUGGCAACCUUCAAAGGCUGGAUGGACAUCAUGUAUGCAGCUGUCGAUUCCCGAGAGAUCAACAGUCAGCCUAAUUGGGAGGAAAGCCUGUACAUGUACCUAUAUUUCGUCAUCUUCAUCAUUUUCGGUGGCUUCUUCACACUGAAUCUCUUUGUCGGGGUCAUCAUUGACAACUUCAAUCAACAGAAAAAAAAGAUAAGGGGCCAGGACAUCUUCAUGACGGAGGAGCAGAAGAAGUACUACAAUGCCAUGAAGAAGCUGGGCUCCAAGAAACCACAGAAGCCCAUCCCACGGCCCCUGAAUAAGUACCAGGGUUUCGUGUUUGACAUCGUGACCAGGCAAGCAUUUGACAUCAUCAUCAUGGUUCUCAUCUGCCUCAACAUGGUCACCAUGAUGGUGGAGACCGACGAUCAGAGCGUGGAGAAGACGAACGUCCUGGGCAGAAUCAACCAGUUCUUCGUGGCCGUCUUCACGGGCGAGUGUGUGAUGAAGAUGUUCGCCCUGCGGCAGUACUACUUCACCAACGGCUGGAAUGUAUUCGACUUCAUAGUGGUGAUUCUGUCCAUUGGGAGUCUGGUGUUUUCUGUAAUCCUUAAGUCACUAGAAAAUUACUUCUCCCCGACGCUCUUCCGAGUCAUCCGUCUGGCCAGGAUCGGCCGCAUCCUCAGGCUGAUCCGAGCAGCCAAAGGGAUUCGCACGCUGCUCUUCGCCCUCAUGAUGUCCCUGCCCGCCCUCUUCAACAUCGGCCUCCUCCUCUUCCUCGUCAUGUUCAUCUACUCCAUCUUCGGCAUGUCCAGCUUCGCUAACGUUGUGGAUGAGGCUGGCAUCGACGACAUGUUCAACUUCAAGACCUUUGGCAACAGCAUGCUGUGCCUUUUCCAGAUUACCACAUCAGCUGGCUGGGACGGUCUCCUCAGCCCCAUCCUCAACACAGGACCCCCCUACUGCGACCCCAACCUGCCCAACAGCAAUGGCUCCCGGGGGAACUGUGGGAGCCCAGCGGUGGGCAUCAUCUUCUUCACCACCUACAUCAUCAUCUCCUUCCUCAUCGUGGUCAACAUGUACAUCGCCGUGAUUCUGGAGAACUUCAAUGUGGCCACAGAAGAGAGCACGGAGCCCCUGAGCGAGGACGACUUCGACAUGUUCUAUGAGACCUGGGAGAAGUUUGACCCAGAGGCCACCCAGUUCAUUGCCUUUUCUGCCCUCUCAGACUUUGCAGACACGCUCUCUGGCCCUCUUAGAAUCCCCAAACCCAAUCAGAAUAUAUUAAUCCAGAUGGACCUGCCAUUGGUCCCUGGAGAUAAGAUCCACUGUUUGGACAUCCUUUUUGCCUUCACAAAGAAUGUCUUGGGAGAAUCUGGGGAGUUAGAUUCUUUGAAGACUAAUAUGGAAGAAAAGUUUAUGGCAACGAAUCUUUCCAAAGCAUCUUAUGAACCAAUAGCAACCACCCUCCGGUGGAAGCAGGAAGACAUCUCAGCCACAGUCAUUCAAAAGGCCUAUCGGAGCUACAUGUUGCAACGCUCCUUGACACUCUCCAACCCCCUGAAUGUGCCCAGGGCUGAGGAAGAUGGCGUGUCACUUCCCCGGGAAGGCUGCAUUACAUUCAUGGCAAAUGGCAACAGUGCGCUUCCAGACAAAUCAGAGAGUGCUUCUGCUAUGUCUUUCCCACCGUCCUAUGACAGCGUCACCAGGGGCCUGAGUGACAGGGCCAACAUUAGCACAUCUAGCUCAAUGCAAAAUGAAGAUGAAGUCACUGCUAAGGAAGAGAACAGCCCUGGACCUCAGUGA